GGGAGAUAUAGUUUGAUGGGGAAAUCUGGGGGGAAGAAAAGGAAAGGGGGUUCGAACCAUGUUGCCGGGGACGCUCCGGCGCCGAAAGCCAAUGUGGGUGUUGAUUUGGACGCGACGGUGUUCUUGAAACGGGCCCAUGAGCUCAAGGAAGAAGGCAACAAGAGGUUCCAGAGCAAGGACUACGUGGGUGCUCUUGACCAGUACCACGAUGCGCUUAACCUCUUGCCGAAGACCCACCCGGAGAGGGCGGUGUUCCACAGCAACAGGGCUGCUUGCUUGAUGCAGAUGAAGCCCAUAGAUUAUGAGACGGUGAUAGCCGAGUGCACGAUGGCGCUUCAGGUUCAGCCCCGGUUCGUCAGGGCGCUGCUCAGGAGGGCGAGGGCAUUGGAGGCCGUGGGAAAGAUUGAAAUGGCUAUGCAGGAUGUUCAGGUGUUGUUGGGGUCGGACCCAAAUAAUGGGGAUGCUUUGGAGAUUGCGAGACGACUGCGCAUGGCGUUAGGACCGCGCCAGGAGGCCCAGCAGGACCUCCAAAGCCGGCCGUCCCCGGCUGCUCUCGGGGCUUCGGCUGUCCGUGGCGCUCCGGUUGGUGGCCUAGGGCCAUGUUUGCCUGCCCGUCCGGUGCCUAAAAAGGCGGCAUCCUCUGCAGCGGGAACUGUUUCAUCUACGAGUAAUAAGAUAGAGAAGCCCCAACCAAUUGGAGCAACUGAAAAUGGUCCUGUGCCGAAAGCCCAAAUGCCAAAACUGGUGCUAAAGCCGCUGAGGGGUUCUUCUACUGACCCUCUGGUGACUUUGAGUAAGGAUAACAAGAAGGAGCAGUCGUCAUCUUCGUCGGCAUCAAUAUUGCCUCUCAGUGGUCGGCGCUCGGAUCUUGCUGUUUCUUUGAGGCCGCUGAAGCUUGUUUAUGAUCAUGACAUAAGACUUGCCCAGAUGCCCGUGAACUGCAGCUUUAAAGUGUUAAGGGAGAUUGUAAGCAAACGUUUUCCUUCAUCGAAGUCUGUUUUGAUCAAGUAUAGGGAUAAUGAUGGUGAUUUAGUGACUAUUACAUGUAGCAGUGAGCUCAGAAUGGCAGAGUCUAGUGUCGACAGUCAUAUUGAGAAAGAGCCUGAACCGGAGAAGACUGAUUCGAUCGGGUUGCUUAGGUUGCACAUUGUUGAGGUGACUGCUGAGCAGGAGCCACCUUUGUUGGAAGAAGAUGAAGAGAAGCCUGUGGAAAGUGAGGAGGAGAACAAAGGAGACGAAAGUCAGUCUCAUUCUUCUCUGGGUGAAUCGGUAAUAGAAGCUGGUGAUUCUGCAAUUGAUAAAAUUGAAAAAGAAGUCCCGAAAGAUAAGCAGCCAGGUACUUUGGAAGAUCCAGAGUGCAAGGAUGUUGAGAUGGAUGAUUGGUUGUUUGAGUUUGCUCAGCUUUUCCGCACUCACGUUGGUAUUGACCCUGACGCUCACAUAGACUUGCAUGAGCUUGGAAUGGAACUCUGCACAGAAGCGCUUGAGGAAACUGUAACGAGUGAAGAAGCUCAGAAUUUGUUCGACAAGGCUGCCGCAAAAUUCCAAGAGGUAGCGGCUCUAGCUUUCUUCAACUGGGGCAAUGUCCAUAUGUGCGCAGCAAGGAAGCGCAUUCCCUUGGAUGAGUCUGCCGGGAAGGAGGUAGUAGCAGCGCAACUUCAAGUAGCUUAUGACUGGGUGAGAGAGAAGUACUCAUUGGCCAAAGAGAAAUACGAGGAAGCUCUCAUAAUCAAGCCAGACUUUUAUGAAGGAUUGCUCGCUUUGGGACAGCAGCAGUUUGAAAUGGCCAAACUUCACUGGUCAUUUGUUCUUGCUAAGAAAAUUGAGCUAUCGAGCUGGGAUCCUGCAGAAACACUCAAACUCUUUGAUAGUGCAGAGGAGAAAAUGAAAGCUGCAACGGAGAUGUGGGAGAAGCUGGAGGAACAAAGGGCGAACGAACUGAAAGAUCCAAACUCGAGCAAGAAGGAUGAGCUGCUGAAAAGAAGGAAAAAACAAGGGGCAGAAGGUGAGCCCUCCGGGAGUGGCGGUGAUGGAGAGGUCUCGCCUGAAGAAGCCGCUGAGCAAGCUGCAGUUAUGAGGUCGCAGAUCCACCUUUUCUGGGGCAAUAUGCUUUUUGAGCGAUCUCAAGUCGAGUGCAAGUUAGGGAUGGGUGGUUGGAAGGAGAAACUAGAUGCUGCUGUCGAGCGCUUUAAGCUUGCUGGAGCUUCCGAGGCCGACAUUUCAGUUGUUCUGAAGAACCACUACUCUAAUGGAGAUGCAGUGGAAGGAGAUGGGAAAAAGGUUGACAACACUAACGCUGACGCAAACUUGGAAAGUGAGAAGAAGGAAGAGGUUGCUCAAGUAUUAGAGAAGUGAUUUGGAGCGCUAAGCUACGUGUUCCGUAGAUUGCAAAGGAUCACCUUCACAUCUUCUGAGUGCAAAAUUAUGCUAGGGGGGAACACAGCCAUUUAAUCAUUGAGGGGUGAGUUGGGGGAAUUUUUUGACCCAUCAUCAAUAAAAUUGCUUGGGACAAGAUUUAAAUUUUCUUUUAUUGAAAAGAUUUUGACCUUGAGCCUUCUUUGGUAACUUUGAAGGUGGUGUUACCUUGUUUGCAGGAUUAACGAGCUUUCUGCAAACGACAAGAUUAGUUUAUACUUUUGGCUUUGCUCUUCAUUGUCUAUCUUGAAUGCAAUUUUUUCUCCCGGUGGGUUGGUUUACAUCCUUAUUUUGGAUAUACUCGAGUGUUGCGUCGUAAGACCUGAUUUCAGACUUCCUGAAGUUUAAGAAAAUCAGAUUAGCAAUGCCAGAGUUUGGCUUGUGUUAUGACAAUGCGUUGUGAACGCAUUAUACUUUGACAA